CCCAUGGCGGAGCCUGGCGGCCCGGACCCCGCGGUCUCCGAGCUGCAGCGGCUGGUGGCCGCUGAGCAGCAGCGGGCGCAGUUCACCGCCCAGGUUCAUAACUUCAUGGACGUUUGCUGGGACAAAUGUGUGGACAAACCUGGCUCAAAGUUGGACUCUAGAACAGAAAGCUGUCUAGCCAGUUGUGUGGAGAGAUUCAUUGAUACCACGUUAUCCAUCACUAACCGCUUUGCUCAGAUUGUACAGAAAGGAGGACACUGAUUACUGCAUUUCCCAACUCCAGACAACCCAAUCCUUCCUAUUCAGGUCGACAGACUUAUCAGCUGUCAGUGGAGCAUAGUCACAUGUUCUAAGCUACAUUUUAUCUGACACUUUCACAAAUGCAGAAGUGGUUGAACAAUCAUCUGCGGAAAGCACAGUUGUCCCUGUGAAUUCUUUAGCUGCACUGAACUGUUCACAAAUGCAUCAUCAUACUGCAAUUUAAUUAACGAUCAGGAACACUCAUCCAAACAAGUCUUGUGAUGUGAAAGUGUAUAUUGCUGCUUUUCUAAGUCUUAUCUAAUUAGAGGAAAGUAGAGAAAAGAUGUGCUCGUACCGACACAGGGGAUGUGCAUAGUAUCUUAGCAUCAAAAUUAAACUUUAAAAAUGUAAUACAAAUAUAAAUGUUUUCAAUGAACUAAUAAAUUAAUGAAAACACUU